UUUCUUUUAUUAAGUUUGGUUGAAAGAAAAACUCCUAUAAUUCCAAGAAAACCACAUGUAUGAACUUGAAUUUCUGAAAAAGCACAGCAAUUUUCAAGUUUUAUUUACUAUCUAUUUGGAUAUCUCGUAAAGGGAGCUUUCUCAAUGAAUGGCUGCCAAGCUAUGGACCAAAAUCUUGUUCAUUUUAAUCGAAAAAGCUUACGAAUGGUAGAUAAUUAGCAGAGAAAAUGGCUCUUUUGACCUCUUUCUCAUCUGCAAUGUCCAUCCUCUUCCAGAAGGUAUGUAAUCAAAUCUGCAUUUUUCAUGGGAAAAAGCUACUGUUUAUUGCAUAAUAUGAGCAAUUCUUAUGUGGGGUACUGUGAUUUUUCCUGUAUUUGUGGAAAGAGGCAAGAAUUCGAGCUUCUCAUGCCUAAUUGUGCUUGUUAAUCCUUGUCCAAGUAGUUUCUGAUUUGGGUUUUCAUCCAUGCUACAAGUAGGAAGAAGAGGGAGAAGUAAACAAUGGGGUUUGGUCUUUCUUUAAGUUACAGUAGUGGCUGUUAUUUACCUAAUAAAAACCCACAUAUUUAUUCUCAGUUGGGUACUCUGAGAAUCAUUUAUUCCCUAAAUGUAAGUUCAUUUCAUCACCGUAAUAUUGGGUUUUGGUCUGAGUUCGCUACAAGUGGAUCUAAACAGAAGUUUUGUUAUGUGAAUUUGGUAUCAAAGGUUAAUUUAGCAUAUAGCAGUUCACUAAGGGCAGCUUUUACUCUCUCAUGGGCUUUAGAGCAGAACCCACUUAGCAAUGAAUCUGAGAAAGAAACCAUGAUUCCCAAUUUGGGAGACGAACAAUUUGAGGAUCAGGAAACAGAGCGUUUUGUCUCUGUAAAUUCGAAGGAAAUCAACCAGAAUAAUAAAGAUUUCAUGGUAAAUUGUGAAGAUGAAGAUGAGAGAGAAGCAGAUGGCAAGAAUCCUAGUUUGGUUGAAUCAGAGGCUGAGAAGGCUAGUGAUAUCAGAAACGGUAGGGUUAACGUUCAUGCGCUGGCUAUGAGUUUACAGUUUGCCGAAAGAGCAGACGAUGUGGAGGAGGUCUUGGGGGACAUGGACCUUCCACCCUCUGUAUAUUCAUCAAUGAUACGGGGUUUUGGAAUGGCCGAAAGACUAAAACCAGCAAUUGCACUUGUUGAAUGGCUUAAAAGGGGGAAGAAAUCUACCAAUGGUGGAGCCAUUUUGAAUCUCUAUAUUUAUAACAGCCUCUUGGGUGCUGCCAAGGCUUCCCACUCCUAUGAAAAAGUGGGCAAAAUCAUUGAAGACAUGGAAAAACAGGGGAUUCUUCCUAAUAUAGUGACUUUAAACACUUUAAUGUCCGUAUACCUUGAACAGGGAAAGACCCAGGAGGCCCGUGACAUUUUUUCAGAGAUUCCAAGAAACGGUCUAUCACCAUCUCCUGUUACUUACUCGACAGUCUUACAAAUUUACAGGAAAAUGGAGGAUGCUAAAGGGGCACUCGAAUUCUUCGUUGAAUCAAGAGAGAAGUAUAAAAAGGGGGAGAUUGAAAAUGAUUCAUGUGAAGAUUGGGAGAAUGAGUUUGCCAAGUUGGAGAAUUUCACCAUUAGAAUUUGUUAUCAGGUAAUGAGAGGGUGGCUUGUUAAAGGAGGAGGCCGUGAGGCCACUGAUGUUUUGAAGCUUCUUAUUGAGCUAGAUAAGGCAGGAUUGAAACCAGGACGAGCAAUUUAUGAGCGCCUCAUCUGGGCAUGCACUAAUGAAGGUCAUUACAUUGUUGCAAAAGAAUUAUAUCAGAGGAUAAGAGAAAACAACACAGAGAUAAGCCUAUCAGUGUGCAACCAUGUGAUAUGGCUAAUGGGUAAGGCUAAGAAAUGGUGGGCAUCUUUGGAGGUCUAUGAGGAAAUGCUAGAUAAAGGCCCAAAACCCAAUAAUCUUUCCUAUGAGCUUAUGGUUUCUCAGUUUAAUAUUCUUCUUAGUGCAGCUAGUAGAAGAGGGAUUUGGAAUUGGGCUAUUAGGCUACUGAACAAAAUGCAAGAAAAAGGCAUAAAACCGAGAACCCGGGAAUGGAAUGCUGCCCUUGUGGCUUGCUCUAGGGCAUCUGAGGCAGCAGCUGCUGUCCAAAUUUUUAUGAGAAUGGUGGAGCAAGGUGAGAAGCCCACCAUCCUUUCUUAUGGAGCUUUGCUUAGUGCUUUAGAGAAAGGGAAGCUUUAUGACAAGGCCCAUCAAGUAUGGGAACAUAUGAUAAAAGUUGGGGUUCAACCAAACUUGUAUGCAUAUACGACCAUGUUGUCUAUUUAUAUCAAACAAGGGAGAUUAAAAGCAGUGGACAUUGUCAUCCGUGAGAUGAACUCUUUGGGAAUUGAACCAACAGUAGUAACUUUUAAUGCAAUUAUUAGUGGGUGUGCAUAUAAAGGUAUGGGAGGGGCAGCCUUUGAGUGGUUUCAUCGAAUGAAAGCAAAAAAUAUUGAGCCUAAUGAAAUUACUUAUGAGAUGCUUAUUGAAGCUCUUGCUAAUGAUGGUAAACCAAGGUUGGCCUAUGAGGUAUACCUGAGGGCACGAAAUGAAGAUCUAUUACUUUCCCCUAAGGCUUAUGAUUCUGUUUUGAGAUCUUCGUAUCAGUACAAGGCAAGCAUCGAUAUGAGCCGCUUAGGGCCUCGCCCUCCUGAGAAGACAAAGAAACGUACUAAGGUUUCAGCUGAGUUUUGCAGGCUUCCUGAUAUGUCUCGGAGAGAGAAGCCUCUUGAUAGUAAUGCCGUCUACAAGUCACAGCCAGAGGAGAUCCAUCAACAUAAUGAGACUGCUAAAUGAAAUCAGUGUUGUGAAUCUUUGGUGAUGCUGAAAUUAUUGUGUUCCAAGCAAAUUUUGAAGGCUUCCAUAUUUUUGAUAUAUACUGCAUCUGUGUGGAGAUCGUAAUGAAAAAUCAAUCAUGCCAAUAUUGAUGUAUGGUACAUAUGUACAGAGAUCUCACUGUAAAACCAUCUUUAGUAGUUCUAAUUUUUCCGUUGGUAUAA